ACAGAAGGUCAUUUUUGACUCUAAGAUGAUCAUUAAAGCACAGAAAUUAAAUGCAAAAAGAAAAGAAAAACAUCCAAAAGGCUCAAAUUUAUUGUCUAUUCGAAAAAAAUAAAUAAACAUUUUGUCAUUGUAUCUCUUUCAGGUGACAAACAGGCGUUUGUUUUGAAGUCCACAUCUCCUAAUUUCCGGUCCUGUUUCGCCUCACAGUGUGCAGUUUGGCGCAACUGGACCCGCAGCCCUGCGAGGAGUCUCCCCCUCCCUCCCUCCCUCUCCACCUCUGGGUCUCUCCCCCGGUUGAAAGCCUGCACUUCUCGCCCAGGUGUGACAUUUUUGGAGUGCCUCAUUGGAACCGCAACCCCGCCGAGAAGAUGACGGACUCCACACCGCCAGACUCCACCGCCGUCCCGGACCCUGAUGCAGUGGACCCCACGGCCGUGAACGGGCAGUGCGAACAGGCGGGCUCCCAGCAGCAGCAGCAGCAGCAGCAGCUCAACACAGAAAGUCAGGGAGAGGGUUUCAAGAUGGACCAGGAGAUGAAGAUAACAGACAGCAUAGAGGACCGAGGUCUUCUAGAAAGCAGCAUGCGCCUGAAGCCUCACGAAGCACAGAGUUAUCGGAAGAAAGCUCUGUGGGUGUCCUGGGUGUCCAUAGCGAUCACCAUCGUCCUGGCCGUCGCCGCUUUCACUGUUUCCAUCAUGCGCCACAGUGCUUCAGCUUUUGGAUUUGCCUUUGAUGCUACGCUGGAUGUGUUGUCCUCCGUCAUUGUACUGUGGCGGUACAGCAACGCUGCAGCUGUGCACUCAGCACACCGCGAGUACAUAGCCUGUGUUAUCUUGGGAGUGAUUUUCAUCCUGUCCUCCUUGUGCAUUCUGGGUAAGGCCAUCCACGACCUGGCCACCAAGCUGCUACCUGAAGUGGAUGGAUUCCUGUUCAGCGUGUCCAUCGUCAGUGGCUUGUUGUGCAUCAUCCUGUCUGUGGUCAAGUUUAUGCUCGGCAAAGUGCUCACGAGCCGAGCCCUCAUCACUGAUGGAUUCAACUCACUGGUGGGGGGAGUCAUGGGGUUCUCCAUCCUCAUCAGUGCUGAAGUGUUCAAGCACGAACCCAAUGUGUGGUACCUGGAUGGGACAAUAGGUGUCCUCAUAGGUCUCAUCAUCCUCGCCUAUGGAGUCAAGCUGCUGCUGGACAUGGUCCCACGGGUCCGUCAAACCAGGAACUACGAGCGCUUUGAGUGACGGACCACAGAGGAAAAGAAAAAAGGGGGAAGAGGAGGGUUUUUGGGAGGGAUGGAAGGGGGGCUGACUAACUGACUGACAGGAGAGGGACGUUGGUUUCAGUCCCUACAGUCUCCACAGACAAUCAAACUGAGUCCUCGAGGUGCCAGCAGAGGCGCCGGUGUCUGUACAGUCCUCCUAUUCAAAGAUCUGAACUGAGGAUCCCGGCUGGAGACGGCAGUGUGGGCGGAUACAAUUCUUGGCACCUUUUAAGUGUUUUAAACAAUUUGGUGUAAAUAUUAUAUCAUUAUCUGUCUUUUAACAGUGAGUGGGGCAGUCUGUUUCUUUCAUUGCCUCCAUAUUUAAACUAGAGGGUUAAAGAGAUUGAGGGAACUGUGGAGGGGAGUUAAACUUAACUCAGAGACAGAAAUAACCGACAGGACGGAGAGAGGAGCUCGGACCGCAGCGUGCAGGAGACAUAUGGACCCCCCGAGAGUCCAUAACUCUCAUAACACUUUUUCCGUACAGCGAGUUGAUGUACAAUACCUCAGUUACACCUCAUCGCCCUGUCAAAACACAGCAGUUUAUUUUUCCCCAUGGUUCCUAGAGGCCUUUGCUUAGCUGUGCUAUAAAAUGUCGCAGUACAAACUGAUUGAUGUAGCUGAUGUAGCAGUGGAGUAUUAAUGGUGUUUUACCUUUUUUAUGAGUAGAGAGGAUAUAUCAGUACAAGGCCCUUUUGGCAUAGGGAGCAGGUAUAUAUAUAUACACACAGAGAGAGAGAGAGAGAGAGAGAGAGAGAGAGAGAGAGAGAGAGAGGCUCAGUAAUGUGAUUUGCUGUUUACAAUAUUUAUCUGGACUGUUGUAGUGAGAGCAGGGAAGCCUGGAGUGGGCACUGUUUCAGCAAUCUAAUGCCAGCUUACAGUCCUGGAGGAUAAAAAAAAUCAUCAUUAUUGGCAUUCAGUCUCAAACACAGAGCCCUGACCUGACUCACCCUCCACCUCACUGAACGUCACACACAAGGAAAAUGGUUCAAACUAGCUCCGUGUACUUCAGGUUGCCACCUUUUUAUAUUUGGGUUUUGCAGUUAAUGUCAUUAUGCUUGCGCCAUCUACUGACCAGAAGAGGUACCUGAAACACUUGUGAAUAUAUUUGUAUGUGACUCUAAUACAGCUGGAAGUCUGUGGACAAACAUUUACAGGUCAAAGAAAGCUUUAAUACAUUAGAUAAAAGUUAAAUCCGUGCGCACUGUCAGCACUGAGGGUCAGUAGAGAUAAAAACCUUUAAGGUGCGACAUUAAACAUCUUUACAGUGGAGCCAAAAGCUGCAGCAACCAGUAAAAACAGGAGUUAACCCAUCAUUAAAAACAUAUAUAUGUGUCAGGAUCAAUAGAAAGGAAACGGGUGAAGCCGCUGUGCAUUGUGGGUUGGAGGCUGAUUAGUUGAUGAGUUUCACCUGCGGCCUCCCACAGUGUCUCUGCACACACACACACACACACACCUGCACGGACUCAAAAUAGGUGAGCUAGAUUUUAAUAUUUUAUUAUUUUUGCCCUGUUCGGUCUCUGUUGCCUCCUCGGGGCAGUUUUAUUGCGUUGUUUAAUUCAGUGUGUGUGUGUGUGUGUGUGUGUGUGUGUGUGUGUGUGUGUGUGUGUGUGUGUGUGUGUGUGUGUGUGUGUGUGUGUGUGUGUGUGUGUGUGUGUGUUUAACUGAGGUUUUAGCGCUCGUCGUAGCGGUGAGUGGAAAUGUUUGGGGAGUGUCACAGUGGGUUUCAGAGAUAAUUUCCUAAUGUUUGUGUUCAUUGGUUUGGAGACUAUCAGUUGGUUCGGGCUUUGGUUUAAAUCCUGCGGCCUUAUUAGUAGAAACAUAUUCCGGUGUAUGAACCCGUGCGGCGCACACCUGUCACCCGUAGACGGUCGAUAAUGAAUAGCUCAGGAAUGUAACCAGCAAACCUUGAAGUUACUUUGGUAACGACCGAAAAAAACUCCUCAAAAACCGUCUCACACACACGACAGACAGUGAAUUAACAUUGUUGUGAGUCGGUGUUUAAUUCGGCGAAUAUUGAGCAACAAAAAAAGCUUUUAUUUUAUUGAUAAAUCGUAUUUUUAUAAGCUGUCCGCCUCUGAUUCCCUCAGUCUUCUCCCACUAAAAUAACACGACUAACCAACGGAGGCUGGUAGCGAGCUGAGCCUACAGUCUGUACUGAAAUACAGUUAAUCUUUAUAGAUUAUAUUGAUGCCGAAUUGAUAAUUAGGCUGUCGUAAUAUCACCCUCUUUAUCCUGCGUUAUUAGAGUUAUGUGUUUAUACGGACACCUAAGGAAUUGUUCAUUUGACGUAUUUCUUAAAGGGAGUUUGGCGUAAUAUUUUCCUCAGGCGCAGAUAUUUUAAUUCCGUCUAGACUACUUUGUUUAUUUUGUUUCAGUGUUUUGUUGACACUAACGGCCCCAGUUUGGUUUCAGCAGUGCUGUUUAAUCGAUACUUGUAGUGAUAAUAAUAAAUAUAUCCACAGUUAGAGGCAGGCAUGUACUGAUGAGUAGUGGUGAUUUUAUGUUUAAUGUUUUUUUGUCCUCUGGCCUCGUUUACCAUGUCUGAAACGUUGCGUGAACUUUACGCAUGCGUAGAAACCUUCCUUUACCUCACGCAUCCUUUACCUCACAAUUUCUCUAUAAAUUCCGACUUUUGCGGGAAAAACUGCGUGCGCACAUUUCACCGCCCUUAAGGCAACUUUUUUGUGCGCAGCAAUAUUUAGAAAUGAGUCCUCUGGUCAUGUGAUUAAGAGCCAUGAAUUCCUUUGAGCUCAUUUUAGUGACAGAAGUUAGUUAACACUCUGUAUUAGGAGCAUUAUCCUGGUUUCUGAUUGGCUGUCUUUUGGUUCCAGUGUAAUCAGCACACAAGCACCCACCAGCAAUGACUGAGACUAGUGAGUGGAGAGCUCAGCCUCUGUGUGUCUGAGUGUUUUAGUCUUGGGGCUUUGUAACCUUCUAGCACGACGAGAAGCAUUUGGUGCGUUUCCUCUUGUGCUGCUGCCGGAUGAAGGACCCUGACUGGAGCUUAUCUAUAAUGAACUCAGUGCUGACAGCGUGCAGGAAACCAAAUGUCACUUUGUAUUAUGAAAUAUUUCAUUAUCAUACUGUGAAGGAUUCCACUUUCUGUGUACUCCUGCAUGAAAGCAGAGUGAGGCCAAACUGACGAUGACAUUUAAAUCUGUUGAACUGAGGAUCAUCGCGUAUAUUUCGAACUCUGCAGUGUUAAAGUGGUAAAAUAUUAGUCCCUCUUUUUCACCUUUUUACUGUUUUUGUACGUGAUGCCCAAUCUGUGUAACCACUGAUCACGUUGGUGAAAUUGGCCACAUCACAAAUACUGCAGUGACAGUUUUGGAGAACAGAGAAGUCAAUAUUUAUCUUCUUGAUUGUGCAGAGUCAAUAUGUGUCCUCUUAUCUGCAGCUGCUGUUUGCUUUUGAGGCCAAUAUCGAAUCAUUCUGGUGAAUAAAGUCCAUUGACUUGUGGAGUAAUAGUUAUAAUUUAUGACUAAAGAUGACCUUUUUUUUGUUAGCUAUGUAUUUCAUUUAGGUCUCUUUCAUCAGCUCAGCUCUUUACUUUCCUCCAGUGUGGUUGGAGCUGCAGCUCAUGAGCCGAAAAUGUAGACGUGAAUGUGAAUAGAAGCACAAAAUUGAGUUUACUGAAGCACAGUGGCAACUAAACUGCUCGCAGGCGUUGAGAAGGAAGCUCUUUCCUACAGUAGGUCCUCAAUAUGGAAGAACAACCUUUUUAAAAUAACCAAACUGACCCAACUUUCCGUCCCAUCUGGGCUCAUUUUUUUAGCUCCAGAGCCUUAAAUCUUACUGAUCAGUGUUUGUGGAGCGUGAAUGUAAUGAUCAGGUGACUGUCAGAGAUUAAAAGGGGGGCAGGAAGGGAAGGGAUUGGUUCUUUUGUCAGAUGUAGUCAUAGGUUUUCCUCAAGUCUGUGCUUGCUGCAGUGACUGUAACUGAAUGUACACACUGUGAUGUGAAUUUAGACGGCGCACAAAUGUGUUACUGUUGAUUUUAUGUUUAGUCACAUUUUAGGACUGUGUUUAAGUUAUGAGAAGAAUCAGUUUAUGGAGUUUAUAUUUGUGCCUAAAAUGUGACAUUGAGCUCAGAAAAACACUUUUUGGAAGCACAUCUGUUUUGUAGAUGAAUUGUUACCAUAUAGGACAGCUAGUUAUUUUCUUUAUUGAUUCAUCUCCCUAUUAUCUGUAAUUGUUUGGUUAAAAAUGUCCAUCAAUUUGUUUUAUUUAUAUAAUAUAAAAAGUUGUAACAGUUUGUUUAUAAGGUUAAAAAAAAUCCUUCACUUACAAAUGAUCAAAUAUUAUAUAAAUAAUACAUUUUCUUAUUUACCAAUUUAUUUCAGCUCUAUUAAUUACAAAUAACAAAUAAACUGAAGCUGAGCUUAAAAUAUGAAUCUGAUCCUUUGCUGUUAUCCAUAUAAAGACACGAGUGGUAGUAAUUCCUCUGUAAGAUCUAUCUGUGCUCUACACAUUGAGGCUCACAUGUAUCUCCAUAUCUGAAUGACUCACUGAAACAGACUGUGGGACUCGAGCUGCUGACUGUACUUUCUGUGCCGGUGUAAAUACUGAAUCUGUAUUACUGUGAUGUAAAACAAAUAUUAAACCAGAGUCGGAGCCUUUUGUCACAGAAAAAAGGUUUAUUUAAAAAUAAAGUUAUAUCCCUCUUACUCGUCAAGGACUGUGGAAAAACAAAAAUAAAACACAAAUGUCAUUGCGUUAUUCACCUUUCGCUGCUCGGACCUUCAGACAAGGUUGAGAUUGAAAAACAAAAGAUUGAGUUUGUUUGACUGUAAGUAGCCGGUUUUCUUUUACAAUGGAGACAUUCAAUGCUGAGGUUAACAAAGACAGAUAUGGUGAGGAGACCAUUUUAAAGAACUGCUGCUGAUGGAGCUGAUUUCUCUUGAAACCAACAGUUGAUAAUCUGAUCAAUAGCAUGCUAACUAACACAAAGUAAAUAAGGCUUUUACUGCAACAAAACAGGUUUGACCGACUGCUCGUCCAAACAGCUGCUCACAGAAACACAUCGGUGGUCUCUUGUUUAAGGACGUGUCAAAAUGUUUCUUGAUUUUUAUUUAAAAAUAAUAGUUUCACUAUUUGUUUAGAUUUUUUUAGUUUGAACUCUGACAUGUAGAAGGAUGAGAGUGCAGAUAUUCUAGUUUUCUUAUUGUCAACAAAUGAAGGAAACAAUGAAUGUAUUCUAAUAACAUAUCAUAUUAUUCCUUUGUGCCAUAGAGCUCCAUUGUUUCCAUUAAAGACACAUCAGUGAGCCGCAGUGUUGCUCAGGGUAACCUGUAACUUUUAUACAAUCAAUGUUGGUAUAAAGCUAAUAUGUACUAAUCCACAGCUGAAAAUAGUCCCCAACAAAUUCACUAUUUUCUCUUAAGUGAUGUUUUGCUAAAGAGUCGAGCUUCAGGAAAUUAUUUAGCCUUUUGAAAACAAUCUAAUUAUAUAUAUUUUUGUAAGCUCUUGUAAAGAUUUCUGUCUUCUGUAGUAACUAAUAGUUACCACAGACAGGGUAUAGAAAGUUUGUUGACAAUAAAAAAAGUGAUUGAAUAUCGUGAACUUUAUCCUUUUUUCAAUGAGGAUAACACCACUGUAGUUUCUAUCUUCUGAACCCACACCGCUGUGAGUAAUUAGUUUAGAGAAAUUAAACCCACUAAAGCGUACACGUGCUAGUCCAAAACAUCAGUUUAUACAGUUUACAGUAAGACUCUUCCUCGUUUGUUAACUAGGAUAAAGAACACCAAAUUCAGUGUAAUCUGAUUACUAUAAAACAUGUAAAUCUGAAUGAACUGACAGUUAACACUGGCGUUACCCUUUCUUACGCUGCUAAAAGUUAAUCAGUAAACUUUAAACAGAAUCUGAGCAACUCCAGCGAAUCACAAGGUUUGAACAGAUUCAAUUAACUGAUUUAAAUUGUAUUAAAUUAGAUAAAAGAUUAAAAUGAUUUCAAUUUAACUAAACAAAACUCAGGAAAUGAGAGAGAACAGAUUACUUGAUCUGUUCGGUGGAUUUAAUUUAGGACUGAAGGCUGGAAGUUGUUUCAGGUUCACAUGUUGAAUAGUUUGACCUGAUCUGUGACACGCUGCAGCAGAACCAAACUUAACCAUGAAAAAGGCACAUCAUGUUCUUUGAAACACUAACUUGGCGGCAGAUUACUGACUCCUUUAAAAAAAAAAAAAAAGAUAAAAACAGUCUGAGCUGACACAGAGAGGAAGUACAGGUUCAGAGUUUACAAGUGUGCAACAAAAUAAAACCAGCGAUUGGAAAUCAAAGCACAGAGUGUGUGAGGCUCCUGCUGGCUUUCACCACGAUCCAUGUUUGUCCACUGCUGUCCGUCUUCAAGAGACAGUGAUGAGAGGACUCUUCUUCUGCAGUUAAAAACCUGUAGCUAACGUUAGCCUUUUUUUUUUUU